CCUAACACUGCGAUAAUGUACAGAAUUGGGCGGAAUUUGACAUAAGCAUUGCGGGCGCGAUUAAUCGUGAUCUCAUAGUUUCAAGUAUUUAAAUGUCGUCAGUUAAUUCUUAGUAGUAUCAUUGACAAUCUUGCACGUCAAAUAUUAUCUUGUUAAUUAAAGCCACGCCUUGGGUAAUACAGAAAUGUAUUACAUAAACAUAGUUUAAAGAAACUUAUGUUAAUUGUGUUACUUCUACUUAGAUGUGCUUAACAGAAAUUAUGAUAAAUCACUUAUUCGUGCUCAGAAUAUUCAACUCUGACAAUAUUUUCUAACUGUUGCUGAUUCUGCAAUAAGAUUCAUAUAUAGUAUACUCUGAUAUAAGAAGUAUUCAUGCCUUUUUGUCGGGAAAAUUAUACGACCAGCAACAUGGAGGACUAUACUGUAUUAUCGGAUGUAUCCGUUGUAGAUGUUUAUGAUAUUGCUUCGGAAAUAGGAAAAGAAUGUGAGAAAUUAAUCGAUUCGUUUGGAGUACAAUCUGUGACUAAUUUGAUGCCAAAGGUGAUACAUGCAUUGGAACUAUUGGAAAAUCUUGCUACCAAAAAUGAACGUGAAAAUACAAUAGUUCAAGAGUUACGUGCAAAGAUUUCACAAUUGGAAAGUGAUAAAAUUGGGAAAGCUGAAGAUAGGCAGAGAUUUGAAAAAGAAUUAGAACAAAUUGAAGAACAUUGGAGACAAGAAUCUCGUGAUCUGGUGGGAAUGGUUACACGAUUACAGGAAGAAAAUAGACGAUUAGCAGAAGCACUCCACGAAUCACGUAGUGACAGUCAGUACAGCAGUAAACAAACUUUUACUGCUAGUCAGGAAGUCGAUGUAGCAGUGUUACAACAUUUAAGAUCCAUGAUAGAUAAGCAAAGAGAUCAAAUUCGUGCAAGAGACAAAGAGAUGGCACAGAAGAAUUUGGAAAUAGAAAAUUUAACAGCACAAGUUGAGAAACUUGGAGUUGUUGGUCGAGAAUUAAAACGUAAACAACGUCAAGCACAGAUGCAAGCUCGUGGAUUAGUGGAAGAAAGAGCAGACUUUUUGGCCCAGUUGCAAGACCAAAAUCGUGAAUUGAUAAAUCUACGAUCACGUCUUGGUUUAGCGAGAAAGGAAAACGAAGAUUUAACUAAACUUCAGGGAUGCCCAGAUCUAACAAAUAAAGCUGUUUAUGACCUCGACGACCCAGACAGACCAAGAUUUACUACUGCAGAAUUGAAAGAAAUUUUGCACGAGCGAAACGAACUAAAAGCUAGAGUCUCGGAUUUAGAAGACGAAUUAGAACUUUAUCGACCAAAACCUGACACGGCCGAAGAAGAUAAAGAUGCUCCAGUUCAAGGACCACUUCCUUACGAACCAGAUGAUGCACCUUGGAAGAAAACAUCUGAAUCUGGGAUUCGUAAAUUUUUCCGGAAAAUAUUCUCAGAGUCUAGCAGUAGCUUUUUAGUUGGUAGCAGUCCACGUAGGAGCCUUUCUAGUCUAUCAAAGAUGGCUCUUUCUGGGAAUACUACAUGUGAUGAGCCUGUAUAAUGGCUUCUUUCUUUUGACCAGUGAUUAAAUAACAUGAAACGUCGUUUCACGAGAAUUGGUUGAACAUAUGGUUCUUGGAUCAACAUACAGCAUUUGUAUGUGAUUUCUUGAUAAUAACUACGCAUUUACAGUGUUUUUUUAACAUUUAAAAUUAGACAACAUUAGAUAUUUUAAUUAAUUGAUACAAAUGUAGGCAUUUAUACGAAAACAAAGCAUUUAGAUACAUGCAUGCAUUAGUAUGUUAUUAUUUACUGUACACAAUGAAAUGAAACAUCAUUCUCAAAUUUUU